AAACACGACCCAGGACCCAACAUAGACCCCCGGUCGUUGAACCUCAAACCCUCCCUCCCUCCCUCCUCCUUUCUCUCUGCAUCUUUCUUCCGCAUAUCUAUAUCGCUGUUCUCGCCAAUCUGCCCCUAAUAAUUUUUAUUAAUUUUUCUGGCUUUUUAUAAAUUUCAUUCGUGCUAUCGGGUAUUGAUAAUUAGGUUUUUUCAGUCCAAAUUCUUUUUUUUUUUUUUUUUUUUUUUUGCGUCUUCUUGCUCGUUCUUGUUGUUGAUCUCAGUCUGUUUUCUGGGUUUUUUCUCCGCCCUCCGAUUCCAUUUAUCAGCUUUCUCGUAAGUCAAACUGCGUUUCGAGGUUGAUGCCCUGCGUUUUGUUUGAAGGAUGCUAAAGAUAUGAUGAAUCAAGGAGGUAAUACCGAGACGAUAGCUCCACUGGACCCGAAUUCGCUUGAGAAUCGGUAUAUUAUUAAUGCAAACCAAGGACAGACGCCUUCAUAUCCUCCUCUUUCAACAACUGGUUCAGAAGCCUCGUCCUGGAGCGUUCAUAGGACGGACAAUAGCUUGACAGAUAAUGGGGUUCAUUCCCAUUCAACCUAUCAAUACGAUCAGCAACCACAGCCGCCUGGGAGUAGUACAUCGAGUUUGGGAACAGUAAAUGUACCACAAGAUUACAAUAGUUAUGCUUCAUACCAACAUUCUUCAGAUACAUAUGGUUAUGGAAGCGCAGGGUACCCAGGUUACUAUAACAACUAUCAGCAGCAAUCCAACACUUCCUACUCACAGCCUGUAGAAGCAUAUCAAAAUACAGGUGCUCCUUAUCAGCCUCUUUCCUCAUUUCAGAAUACAGGGUCUUAUGCUGGGUCUGCAAGUUAUUCAAGCACUUACUACAAUCCUGCUGAUUAUCAGACAGCUGGAGGUUACCCAAGUAGCAGCUACAAUAAUCAGACUACCUCUUGGAGUGACGGAAAUUAUGCAAAUUAUAUGCCUCAUCAAUAUUCACAGUACACCCCGGAUACCACUGCUGCAUAUAGUUCUAGUACUGCGACUUCAACUUCACAAAAUUAUGAGCAGCACUACAAGCAAUGGGCAGAUUAUUACAGUCAAACAGAAGUCAGCUGUGCUCCCGGUACUGAGAACAUUUCUGUUACAAGUACACCCAAUGUGGGAUGUCUGGUUCCAGGUGCUACCACCGGGUAUCAAACCUUGGACAGCCAGCUACCACCACCACCACCACCACCACCUUCAUAUGCUCCUUCUUGGAGGCCAGAACCCAGUCCAUCUGAAUUGCCAUCAGUGCAGUCUGGUGCUGUAGUUAUUGGUGCUCAUGAUGGUUACUGGAAUCAUGGGGCUCCAACUUCUCAAUCUCAAGUUCACCACAAUAGUUCUAUGCAACCACAGUUCCAAAAACCUUUGGAUGAAAAGGCUUCUUAUGAUAGCUUUCAGGAUCACCGGAAAACUGCAUUUUCUCAAGCACCCAACGUGCAGUAUCCUGCUUCUCAGCAGGUGCCCCAUGCCUCUCAUACUUACCAAUCACCCUUGCAACCUGUUCCAUCCCAUGCGUCUCAUACUUACCAAUCACCCUCACAACCUGUUCCAUCCCAUGUGUCUCAUACUUAUCAAUCACUGUCCCAACCUGUUCCAUCCCCUGUGUCUCAUACUUAUCAGUCACCCUUACAACCUGUUCCAUCUCAUACUUACCAAUCACCCUCCAAACCCGCUCCACCUAUAGGUACACAAAGAGAUGAUAAACUGCAGAUUCCAACAAACCCUAGAAUCAAUUCAAAUCCAACCUUUGGGUUACCAAAAACUGACAAGGAUAGCUGUACAACCACUGCAGCAGAAAAACCUGCUUAUAUCAGUGUUUCACUUCCAAAGCCGGUUGACAAGGUGACAUCCAGUGCCACUGCUGAUUCUCUACUUAAGCCUGGUAUGUUUCCCAAGUCGCUGCGUGGUUAUGUCGAAAGGGCUUUGGCUCGCUGUAAAGAUGAUAGGCAAAUGGCUGCAUGUCAGUCUGUCAUGAAGGAGAUUAUCACCAAGGCAACAGCUCAUGGUACGCUUUACACACAGGACUGGGAUACUGAACCUCUUUUCCCUCUGCCAAAUGAAGAUGCUAUUAAUAAAGAGCCUCCCUCCGUGGGCUUUUUACAGUCUUCAAACCUUGUUUCGUCAUUGCCAAAGUACAAAAGAAGUCCGAAUAAACGAUCCAAGAGUAGAUGGGAACCUCUACCGGAGGAGAAGCCAGUUGAGAAACCGGCAUCUGUCAACAAUGACAGUUUAAAAUUUUCUUGGAUGAAUGUCAAUGAUAAGCAAAGAAAGCCAUGGAUGGGGAGUGCUGGAUUCAAAGAUGGUAAUACAAGUAAUGGAAAGUUUACUCCACAGGAGCAGAAAAAUGGAAGUAAGAUAACCCAGAAACCAUUUAAGAAGCAGCGCCUUUCUUAUGUUUUAAGUACUGCUGAGAACGAUGAUGCAUCUAGUGAUAGUGACGAGGAACAAAGUUUAACCUCAUAUUACACUGGAGCAAUGGGCCUUGAGGAUUCACCAGAGGAAAGAAAGAGACGUGAAAAUCGCUCUAGGCGUUUUGAAAGAGUGCAAGGACAUUGGGCACAAAAUAAUCACUUCAAACCAAAAAAAGCUGGUGGUGGAAACUUGUAUGCCAGAAGGGCUACUGCCUUGGUGCUUAGCAAAAAUUUUGAAGAUGGUGGCAGCAGGGCAGUUGAGGACAUUGACUGGGAUUCUCUUACUGUUAAGGGGACCUGCCAGGAGAUUGAGAAACGUUAUUUGCGCCUCACUUCCGCUCCUGAUCCUGCUACUGUAAGGCCAGAGGAUGUUCUUGAAAAAGCUCUGCUUAUGGUACAAAAUUCCCAAAAGAAUUACCUAUAUAAAUGUGAUCAGUUGAAGUCCAUUCGUCAGGAUUUGACAGUGCAACGAAUUCGCAAUCACCUAACAGUAAAGGUGUACGAAACCCAUGCUCGCUUAGCAGUGGAAGUGGGGGACCUGCCCGAGUAUAAUCAGUGUGCGUCACAGUUGAAAUCUCUCUAUGCUGAAGGUAUUGAGGGAUGCCAUAUGGAGUUCUCUGCAUACAACUUACUUUGUGUUAUCCUUCACUCAAAUAAUAACAGAGAUCUAGUAUCAUCAAUGGCAAGCUUGUCAGUUGAAGCGAAAAGAGAUGAAGCUGUUAAGCAUGCUCUUGCGGUUCGUUCAGCUGUGACUUCAGGAAAUUAUGUUAUGUUCUUCAGGCUCUACAAGACAGCUCCGAACUUGAGCACCUGCCUUAUGGAUCUCUAUGUUGAAAAGAUGCGGUAUAAGGCAGUGAGCUGCAUCUGUAGAUCAUAUCGGCCUACGAUACCUGUUCCUUACGUUGCUCAAAUUCUGGGAUUUACCACCAUUACACCCACAAAUGAGGAAAGCGAGGAGAAGGAUUCAGAGGGAUUGGACGAAUGCAUUGAAUGGUUGAAAGUACACGGUGCAUGCCUCACUGUUGAUAACAACGGAGAAAUGCAGCUUGAUACAAAGCCUACGUCCUCAAGUCUUUACAUGCCGGAGACUGAUGCGGUGUCCCACGGCGAUGCCACUCUCGCCGUUAACGAUUUUUUGACAAGGACACCUUUAUAGCUAAUUUGUUAGUACCCGAUUUUAUUUUGAGUCUCAGAGAGCGGUGGAAGAAGAUGGUGCCUUCAGAAUCUAAUGCAGAAGAAACGAGCGGGCAACUUCCCAGAGUGGUAGGGCAUUCGGGGUUCCCUGUAACAUUAGAGAAAGGAAAAAGAAAAGAUAGGUUAGUGUUGUGUAAUUGGAAUAUUUGAUGAAAAAGAAUCCGAAUUAGGUAACAUGUAAUAUCCAUUCUUUCUUUUUUGGGCGAUAGAAUAUGGUAAAUACACAAAGAGAAGAAAGAAUAAGAAAUUUUUAAAAAUUAUUUGCUGA